UUUUAGGGUAAAUGUAUGUAGGUGUUGGGGGAAGGGGAGGGAUCAACCGAAAAGCAAUGAAAGUGGUUUACAGCUCAGAUUUCAGUUCUUGCUGCUCCCAUAGAGUUCAACUCGUGAGUUACUCCUUUAUAGGCAGUAAAGCUUCCCCAGUCUAAAAAUGUGGCAGAACGAAAUUUGGAUUAACUCUUGAUACAAACAGUAAAUUGAAAAUGCAGCUUGUGAACCUUACAAAUUUAUACUCCCAAAUCCCUUUUUUUUAGCCACCCGCAUUUUUAAAAAUUGAAUUCUUGUUAUUUAGAGCUGAAAGGGCUCAAUUAGCGUAUGCUGUUAAUGACCAGUAUGUGGAGUUUGCUUUAUAUUUCCCGGAUUUGACUUUUUGGGUUGUAUUGUCAAAUCACAGUCCUAAAUGAUGAAUGUUGAAUGAUGCACUAUGUUUUUGUUUAAGUGAGGUUUCCUGAAAUGAAAUAAUUUCAGAACUAAGGGAAAUUGAUGUUGCUACCAUGACGCAUCCUAAAAAUACACAUUUUAAAAGCUGAAGGCAUUUCAAGCAGAGAUAGUUCUUGAUGAACCAGAGAGAACAUGGACCUGGGAUUUGGAAGACCUGGCUUCUAGCUGCUGCUAACUCUAUGACUCUGGGAAGGUGGCCCUCAGUUCCUUUUUUUCUAUAACACGAAGAGAUUGGACUGUUUGAAUUCAGAUUCAGAACUCAGAAGCUGGAAGGGAUCAUAAAGCCCUAUAAGAAAGAGUUUGGGAAUGUUCUCCAUUGCUGUCACUUUUCUUCCAAAAAUAACCUGGCUUGGAAGUCAUUGUUCCCAAGGGAAUUUGAUUCCCCAUCGAAAUUGGAGACAAGGUGAUGCGAUUAGAGAGGAACAGCUGUAUUUCUGCUUGAGUGAUAAACCCACUAAGAGAUUCUGGUACGAAUUUUGGAGACAUAAAGAGAAUGAGUGUAUGUACCUUAAGCGCACCAGUUUCCUCGCUCUCUCCUGGCCGAAGAUGCAACACUUUUAGCGGUGCUGGGAUUCUGGGAUGUGUUCCUAUUAAUUCUAACACAGAUGAAGAUGAUGUGGUAGAGGGGAAGAUGGUGGCCGAAGGAAUGGAUAAAGAGGCAAAAUUGCCUGCUAAAAAGAAAAGGAAGAAGGGUUUACGGAUCAAGGGGAAAAGGCGAAGAAAAAAACUGCUCCUUGCAAAAAAGUUUAGUAAGGAUUUGGCAUCUGGGAGGCCUGUUGCGGAUGCGCCUGCUUUAUUAGCUUCCAGUGCCCAUGAGCAGGAUGAAGAAAGUCUUUUCGAGAGCAAUAUAGAGAAACAGAUCUACCUACCCAGCACCAGAGCCAAGACCUCCAUUGUGUGGCACUUCUUUCACGUUGACCCCCAGUAUACCUGGCGAGCUAUUUGUAACCUCUGUGAAAAAAGUGUCAGCAGGGGUAAACCAGGCAGCCAUCUGGGGACAUCUACUCUACAACGACAUCUGCAGGCAAGGCAUUCACCUCACUGGACCAGGGCCAACAAAUUUGGAGUCACUAGUGGGGAGGAGGAUUUUCCUUUGGAUGUGCCUUUAUCUCCCUCUUCUGCUGGAAGCAGUGGAAGCUUUGAAUAUAUCUCUACUGAUCCAUUAGAUGAAAACAGAAUGGGUAAGAAACGUGAUAAAUCGGUAUCUGAUGCCCUGAGGGCAGAAAGAGGGAGAUUUCUCAUCAAAAGUAACAUUGUCAAGCAUGCCUUAAUUCCCGGGACAAGAGCCAAGACAUCUGCGGUUUGGAAUUUUUUUUAUACUGAUCCUCAGCACAUCUCAAGAGCUGUGUGUAAUAUAUGUAAACGGAGCGUGAGCCGGGGUAGGCCAGGUUCUCACUUGGGAACAUCAACGCUUCAACGACACUUGCAGGCCACACAUCCCAUCCAUUGGGCCGUUGCCAACAAAGACAGUGGUGCGGUUGGGAAUGGAUUAGAUGAGACUGAGACUGAGAGAAAUGAUCUCUUAAGCGAUCCUCUGCAUGGAGAGAAGUCUACAGGCAACCACAGUUUAACAGCCGAGGACCUUAGUGACUCUGAUUCAGACGAACCUCCUGUAUUAGAGGUGGAAAAUAGUAGAAGAUCUGAGAGUCCUAAUCCUGUUGCAGAGCAAGACACUCUGACCCAUGCACAGGAGAGAGACACAACAUAUUCCGAAAAUUCAGUCUCAAGUCAAAUAAGUCAGGCAAUUAUUCAGAUGAUUGUGGAGGAUAUGCAUCCUUACAACUACUUCUCAACCCCAGCCUUUCAGAGGUUCAUGCAGAUUGUGGCCCCCGACUAUAGAUUACCAUCUGAGACUUACUUUUUCACGAAGGCUGUACCUCAGUUGUAUGAUUGGGUCAGAGAAAAAAUUUUCUUAACUUUGGAGAAUGUUCAAAGCCAAAAGAUCCACUUGACUGUGGACAUCUGGACCCACGACCCAUCCACGGACUAUUUCAUUGUGACUGUACACUGGGUCUCUUUGGAAACUGCACCUUCUAGUAAUGGCAGGACCCCCAAUUUUAGAAAGUGGGCAGUACUUUGUGUGACAGGUUUGGCCAAAGACUGUUUGAUAACCAACAUUUUACAAGAACUAAAUGACCAGAUUGGUCUGUGGCUUUCUCCUAAUUUCCUCAUUCCUAGCUUCAUUGUUUCUGACAAUUCUUCUAAUGUGGUACAUGCAAUCAAAGAUGGUGGUUUUACCCAUGUGCCGUGCUUCCUGCAUUGUUUAAAUAUAGUCAUUCAGGACUUCUUCUGUGAGCACAAAAGCAUUGAGAAUAUGUUAGUAGCUGCUAGGAAAACCUGUCAUCAUUUUAGUCAUUCAGUCAAAGCUCGUCAGAUACUGCAAGAGUUCCAAAACGAUCACCAACUCCCGUGGAAGAAUUUGAAGCAGGAUGAAACUGGCCAUUGGAUUUCUACCUUUUAUAUGUUAAAAUGGCUCUUGGAGCAUUGCUAUUCAGUUCACCAUAGCCUUGGCAGAGCCAGUGGAGUUGUGCUCACCUCCCUUCAGUGGACUCUAAUGACUUAUGUUUGCGAUAUUCUGAAACCAUUUGAGGAGGCCACCCAGAAAGUGAGUGUCAGGACCACAGGAUUGAAUCAGGUGCUACCCCUAAUCCAUCAUCUACUUCUUUCUCUGCAGAAACUCAGAGAAGAUUUUCAAAUAAGAGGUAUUACUCAGGCACUCAAUCUGGUGGACAGUUUAUCUCUGAAACUUGAAACUGAUUCCCUCCUGAGCGCCAUGCUCAAAUCCAAGCCUUGUAUCUUGGCUGCUUUGUUAGACCCUUGCUUUAAAAACAGUUUAGAAGACUUUUUCCCUCAAGGUGCUGAUUUAGAAACUUACAAGCAGAUCCUUGCAGAAGAAGUUUGCAACUAUAUGGAAUCUUCAGAGGUCUGCCAUAUUGCGACUUCAGAUGCUUCUGGUCCCUCAGGCAUCGUAGGAGCUGAUUCGUUUACCUCAUCUAUAAGAGAAGGCACCUCCAGUUCAGGGUCUUUUGAUAGCUCAGCUGCAGAUAAUGUUGCCAUUGGAAGCAAAAGCUUCAUGUUUCCUUCUGCCAUAGCAGUAGUGGAUGAAUACUUCAAAGAGAAGUAUUCAGAGAUCUCAGGAGGUGGUGACCCUUUGAUUUACUGGCAGAGGAAGGUGAGCAUAUGGCCAGCUUUGACCCAAGUUGCCAUUCAGUAUCUAAGCUGCCCCAUGUGUAGUUGGCAAUCUGAAUGUAUCUUUACUGCAAAUAGCCAGUUUCAUCCAAAACAGAUCAUGAGCCUGGACUUUGACAAUAUAGAACAGCUGAUGUUUUUGAAAAUGAACUUGAAAAAUGUUAACUAUGAUUAUUCUACAUUGGUUCUGAGCUGGGAUCCUGGGAAUGAAGUUAUUCAAAGCAAUGAAAAAGAAAUAUUACCUUAAUUUCUUUUUCCUUUUUCCAUUUGAAAUGGGCAACUUGUUGCUAUGUUACUGUAUCCUAAUUGCUAUAGUUGUUAAACAUAGUUACACUAAUUAUUCUUAAUACACACAUCUGGGGAAACCUGAAAACACAAAGAGUGCUGAAAAUUCCUCAGAGGUAAUAAUGUUGACAAAGUGAAAAUUAAAAAUUUCAUAGUAGUAACUCAAUAUAGCUGUCACUUGAAAUUUUGUUUAUACCAAUUAAGAGAGAAAAGGUAUUUUUUAACUUAAAAAAUAUAGUGCAGCAUUGAAAGGCUUUAGGCUAUUUCUGGCUGGUAGAUUGAAUUGUAAUUGGUUUUAAGUAAAAAAAAUUUCUCCCAUCAUGGGAAAUUUGAUUUCUCUGAAACCAAUGAAAUUGAAGGGAAAACAUACUAAGCUGGUAUUCCUCCCCGUCUCUCCCAUUUUUCUGUUCCUUUAAAAACCCUCAUCCAUACUUACAAGUUGGCAAAAACAAAACUCACGAAAUUUGGAAAUUUCUAAUUGCCUCCUCAUACUGGUCAGCUUUACAAUUUCAACUUACUGAGUGUGAUAGAGUUACCCUUUAUAUUUAGGGAUUGGAUCUAAGUAAAAGGGGAACAUUAGAAAACAAUUGGGAAAAAUUACUAAAAUUACUUUUAGUCUUUGAGUUGCCUUUUUUAAGCUUUAUAAAAUAGUGGGAAGAUAAUAAAAUAAAGAUUGUAUGGGUACUUUUUACACAUACGGGCAAAUGACAUAAUAGGUUUACAGAAAUUGAGAAAGAUUGAAUGGGAAUUGGAAUAAAAGCCCCAGGAGCAUACUUUUGACAAAUGCAGUGUCCGUGUCCCAAAGAAUGUUUCUCAUUGUAAGUGAUCUUAAGUGUCUUAAAAUAUAUAUGCUGAAUGAUCCAUAAUAUUGUAUUCUUAACUGUGAGAUUGGUUUUUGGCUUUUAAUCUUAGCUAAACAUAAGCAUUCAGUAUUUUCAGGUGUUAGGAAUCACUGCCUCACUGGUAAAAUAAGAGAAUUGAUCUCAGUGACCUUUAAAGUCCCUUUCCACUCUCAAAGUAUGUUUCUGUGGUUGAGUGGGAGGCCAGAGAAUGAUGACUUUUAGUGAAAGUCUAUUACAAGUUUCAGACUGAAUAACUAAUGUAAGAUCCCAAUUUUUCCUUUUUUUCAUUUUAGAUUUGGGGAUAUUCCCUGCCCAAAAAUUUCCUGGAAAAUUGACUAGUAUUAAGUGUGAGUAAAAGGUGUCCACUUUUUUUUAAGUUUUGAUUUUAGUUUUGUCUUGGAUAGUAUUUGGCAAGAUUUAGCCUAGAAACUAUGUAGUACUUAUUACAUGAGAAUCAAAAUUGCUUUGUUACGGGGCUGGUUUCAAAAUUUAGAACUCAUUUCUCUGUAUCAAAAUUGUUCUUUUUUUGUUUUUGGGGUUUUUUUGUUUUUUUUUGUUUUUGUUUUUGUUUUUUUUUUAAAUUCUUAAAUGGUAAAUGUACCAUUGUGCAAUGAAAUUUCAACUCCCAAAGUUUACCCUUUUACUAACUGGAGUAAAUGAAUAAUUACAAAGUCUUUAGUUGUAGCCAUCAUUUGUUAAAAAAAAAAAAAAAAGAAAAAAGAAAAAAAAAAUCGGGCUGCAUAAGCAAGCCUUUGCAGGGCCAAUAUUGAAUGUCAUGCCAGUGACACUGGUGUUGCUGUAAAAGAAGAAAAAAAAAAUCUUCCCUUGGAUAGAAGCUUUCUGUAUUUUGACAGUCCCAGUUCAGGAUGGCUAUAAUGCUGCUCUGCCUUCUACAGCUUGCUGCACCACUCUGUAGUUACUCGAUAACUAUACGUUUCUAUCUUUUUUGGUUAAACACUCCCUGAAGAUGAUAAAGAUGAUAAUGAUGUACAUACAUCCGUAUUAGUAUUAUACACAUUGAUACAUGUGUAAGGAUCUCCCUUCAUGUUUACUCUGUGGGCUGGGCGAAAUUUAGUGUAACAUAUUGGUACACAUCAUGAUACUUUGGUAUAAGAGUAAGUUCACUAUUUUUAUAAUGAACCCAAAUCUGAAGGCUUUUAUAGUGUAUUUUAAAAGGGAAAACUUACCCAAAUGUUUUAUUUCUACACAUUUGUGUAUGUGUGUGUGUGUGUGUAUAAGCCAGUUAGUAUGUAUGUAUAUGUAUAUUAUAUACAUAAAACACUAUAUUUUUUCAUACAAGUAUGCUUUUAUUAUACAGAUAAUAAAGAUGGGGGAAGGUUUCUGUUUUUUUCUUAAUAGGUGAAGAAAUCUUGAAGACCAGAAAUUGGAUCUUAUUGAAUUUUGGUGUUCUUUUUCUUUUUUCUUUUUCUUCUUUCUUUUUAAAUUAUAUUGUUCGGCUAUGGAAGAUGGAUUUUUUUUUU